AUGGCAACGGAGGAAGAAUUGUCGAGUAUUAUUGGGAGAUUGUCUCUAAGGGAAGGGGAAGCAACCAGGCAUUCCACUAGUUCCUUGACCGCCACCCGCAUAGAUCCUUUCCUCACCAUCAUUGGGAAACUCCACUGUCCAAGGGUGGUUACACAUGAUUCCAUUGCCACUCAUUGUAGGAAUAUAUGGUCUCUGCGUCGAGGAUUUGCGGUAAGGCCGGUUGGGGAAAAUUUGGUUCAUUUUAAAUUCAACGAUCGUAUAGAUCGGGCUAGGGUUAUGCAAGGUGAACCGUGGUUGCUGGGUAGGAAGUAUCCUCUUGUCUUACAACCAUCCUAUGAUCUCAGCGCUGAUUUUGACUUGUGUCCUUGGUGGAUUCAUCUGUACAACUGCUCAUUGGAUCUCAUGAAUGAAGAGUUUGCCAGGUUUGCCGGUAAUUUAAUUGGUGAGUUUGUUGAAGUAUUCACCGAUGCGAAUCGCAACUGUAUUGGUCGGUUUCUUAGAAUCAAAUUCAAAAUCAGUCUAAAAAAACCCUUGAUGAGAGUUCUACAAUUCGAGCAUGAAGGCCGUGAUCUCAAUUUCCCUUUGCAGUAUGAGAGGUUAGCUGAAUGGUGUUACCAUUGUGGAAUCAUCAGCCAUGUUGAAUCUGGUUGUCCAACUAAACCGCCUAGUGUUGGUAACUCAUCCAAAUCUCCGGAGUAUGGUCCAUGGCUUCGAGCGAAAGGUUACUGGAACCCUUUCGUUUCAAAAAGACCAGCAAACGUACUAGAUCCGUUCUUUGUUCCUGAUGAUUCUGAUGAAGAAGUGGCUCCAUGGAGUGAAAGGCAGUUUCACUGA